AUUUAUUCGUGAACGCGUCGUUCUCAAUGUGAAUGCUUGUGGCUGUGUCGUAAACUAGCCUUAAGGUUUCGCGCUGUUCGAAUUAUGAAUGUGAACCCUCUAUGUAUCGCGUUGUUUCAGAAUUUAAACGCGCCAAUCGCGACAGGAUCGUAUUAUUUAGAGCAAAAUGACCGAGAUUAAACCGAAGAAACGGAAAGUAUCGAAGAAGACGAAGAAGUCGUGGCGCAAACAUGUGGAUAUAAAGGACGUUGAUAAAUUUUUGGAGGAUUCCCGGCAGGAGGAGAGGUUGGGAUCGUUUUCUGUUCGUGAAAAUUCUGAUUUGUUUGUUAUUUCUACUAAGCCGGAAGUUCUUUCAAAGAAACAGCGCCGUGAAUUAUUGCAAUCCAAGGAAUCACGAUGUUUCAACGUUUUGAAACCUCAUUCGUCGGUUCCGGACCCAGUAACAAAGAGGAAUCGUGUGAGGACAAAGGAAGAGAGAAAACAUCCUAUUCUUUUGAAGAAGGAAGCUCUUAAGAAGGCCCAGGGUAUUCUGAAACUAAAGGACAGAUUAAAAUUAAAAAAUAAGAGCAUCGCGGAGAAGAAAAGGCUAAUUAAACCGAAAAGGGGCGAAUUCAAAGAUGACGUAUGGAAGGACAAGGUCAACAGUGUGAUCGAUGAAAAGUGGAUGUCCUCUGAUACUAUGCGACACACGCUGUUGCAUUUUGGUAUGAAAAAAAAGAGAUUGCCCGCUUCGUUGCACAAAAAGCCUUCAGCUUUGCCAACAAUUGAAAUGCCGCAUCCAGGAAUGUCUUAUAAUCCUGCGUACGAAGAUCACCAGGAGUUAUUGCAAGAAAUCGCGGAGAAAGAAUUACAGUUGAUAAAAGAAGAAGAACACCUGAAAAGAGUUACCACAAAUAUGUUUAAAAAGGUUUCACACGAAGAAAGGGAAAGGAACACUAUGAAAGAAAUGUCGGAAGGUCUGAAUUUAGACAAUCAAGCUUUGGUGGAAGAUGAUAAUGAUGAUAAUAAUAAUAAUGAUGAUUCAGAAGUAAAGUCUGUAAAUCCUCCAGUGAAAAAUAUGAAGAAAACUCAUGUCCAAAGGCGUAAACAAAAGGAACAGAAAGAGUUGGCACACAGGAUUCAAAAGGGGAAGAUAGAGAAAAAGAAAAUCGCAGACAUUUACAAGUUAAAACAAUUAGAUAAACAGAUGACUAAAACUGAACAGAAACAGAAAGUUUUAAGAGAAAAGAGAUUGAAAAAGAAAGCCCAGAAAGCAACAGGUACUAAAGUUCUUAGUAGAAUCAAAUUUGAGCCCUUGGAUAAUGAUUUUAAAUUACCAGAAGAAUUAACUGGCAGUUUACGAAAUUCUGCACCAGCUGGUAAUUUAUUGAAAGACAGGUUCAAAUCCCUUCAACAAAGGAAUAUUGUAGCUCCUUCUGUACUUAAAUUGAAACAAGAUAAAGCUAAAGUGAAACGAUUUAUAAAACCAGAUCACAAAAUUGAUAUUCCCAAAAUAAAAUAACGAAAUAGAUGUGUAGUUUUUGCAAAGUUGUGUACAUAAAAUGAAUAUAUGUAUUUCUUUCUAAGCAUAA